AUAAAAAAAAGGUGGAGGUAGUAACAAGUUAUUAUGAUCCUCUAUAAAAGGAACUCAUUUGGUGAGAAAGGGAAAUGCAAUCAAGCAGAUAUGGCACAUAACGUAUAUAUACUUUUACGUCUCUUUCUCGUUGCUCUAGUUACCUCAUUGAUCACCAUAGCAGAAGCCGUUACCCCUACUGAGGAACUAGCUUCGCUGAAUCGGAACAAUUUUCCAUCUGGCUUCAUCUUUGGUACAGCAUCCUCGGCGUACCAGUACGAAGGUGCAGCAAAUGAAGGUGGCAGAGGACCAAGUAUUUGGGAUACCUUCACCCAUAAAUAUCCAGGUAAGAUAAAGGACAGGGCCAGUGGAGAUGUUGCCGUUGACUCAUAUCAUCGCUACAAGGAAGAUGUUGGGAUUAUGAAAGACAUGAAUUUGGAUGCUUACAGAUUUUCUAUAUCUUGGUCUAGAAUACUCCCGAAGGGAAAGCUAAGUGGAGGUAUAAAUCAAGAAGGAGUGGACUAUUAUAACAAUCUUAUCAAUGAGCUAGUGGCAAAUGGUUUACAACCAUUUGUGACUCUUUUUCAUUGGGAUCUUCCUCAAUUUUUAGAAGAUGAAUAUGGUGGUUUCUUAAGUCCUCUAAUUGUGAAAGAUUUUCAAAACUAUGCUGAACUUUGCUUUAAAGAAUUUGGUGAUAGGGUAAAACAUUGGAUAACUUUUAAUGAACCAUGGAGUUAUAGCCAACAUGGUUAUGCAACGGGGAAAAUGGCACCAGGUCGAUGUUCUGCUUGGUUGAAUCAAAAUUGCAAUGGUGGUGAUUCUGCCAUAGAACCCUAUUUGACCACACAUCACCAACUCCUUGCUCAUGCAUCAGCUGUUCAUGUGUACAAGACCAAAUAUCAGACAUUUCAAAAUGGUUUGAUAGGCAUAACCUUGAAUUCUAAUUGGUUCGUGCCUCUCUCGGAUAACAAACUUGAUCAAAAGGCUACGCAACGAGCUACUGACUUCAUGUAUGGAUGGUUUAUGGAUCCAUUAACAAUGGGAGAUUAUCCAAAAAGUAUGCGAUCUUUGGUGAGAACACGAUUACCAAAGUUUACAAAGGAACAAUCAAGAUUACUUAUUGGUUCAUUUGAUUUUAUUGGUUUAAACUACUACACCUCUAAUUAUGUCUCUGAUGCAUCUCACCAAAGCAAUGUCAAAUUCAACUAUGUAACAGAUUCUCUUGUUAAUCAUUCAUUUGUGCGUGAUGGAAAAUCUAUUGGUCUAAAUGUUGCUUCAGAAUGGUUAUACGUUUAUCCAAAAGGAAUUCGAAACCUUUUACUAUACACUAAAGAGAAAUACAACAAUCCUUUAAUUUAUAUCACUGAAAAUGGUAUAAAUGAGUAUGACGAUCCAUCACUGUCACUUGAAGAAUCUCUCUUGGAUACUUAUAGAAUUGACUAUCAUUAUCGUCAUCUCUUUUAUCUUCAAGAUGCAAUUAAGAAUGGCGUGAAUGUAAAAGGAUAUUUUGCAUGGUCUCUAUUAGACAACUUCGAAUGGCAAUCAGGCUACACUAUGCGAUUUGGAAUGAAUUUUGUAAAUUAUAAAAAUGGCUUAGAAAGAUACCCGAAACUUUCUGCAUUAUGGUUCAAAAAUUUUCUUAAAAACGAAAUCAAACUUCAAGAAGAUUGAAUGUAAUAACUUUGCUGUAUGACAUUCUUAAAAACUUGUAUUUGUAAAUAUAUGAUAGUUGUUAAGAUUUUUUUAAUUCUUAUAUUAGACAUUUUCUUAUGAAUUUGUAGUUCUCAUAAAUAUUCUUAUGGAUUUAUAGUUUUUGGAAUUAAAUCUAAAUACAACAUGUUGCAAACUUGUUAUCAAA